GGCCUUAUCCAGUAGGUAGGAGCAGAGUAUCCAUGAAACAAGCAUACAAGCUUCACAAUACAAAGCUUGUGCAAUGUCACAUCUGCAUUACAAUUUCUCAGUAAUUUGCUUCAAGAAAAAAUUAUUAAGGAAGCAAUCUCAGCGAUAUGGCUUUAACUUUAAGAGCGAAUUUGCAGCUUCUCUUUCCUUCGGAUUCUCCGCACAGGCAAUCAGCAGCUGCCGCUAUCAGCUACCCUAAUUCUCUUCCCAGAAAUUCCACCGGACCAGCUCCACCGCCGGCGUCAUUUUCGACGGCUUUAUCAUGGAUGACCAUAAGCGAGAAGAAAGAGAAGCAGAGCAAGAAGAGAGGUUCGUCGUCGACGGUCGUUGCGGCAGUCGGAGACGUAUCGCCUGACGGCACCGCCUAUCUUUUCGUCGGUGCUGCGGCGGUGGCGUUGCUCGGAACCGCCUUCCCUGUCUUCUUCUCCCGCAAAGAUCUGUGUCCAGAAUGCGAUGGAGCUGGGUUUAUUAGGAAGCCAGGAGCAGCCUUGAGGGCUAAUGCCGCAAGGAAGGACCAAGCACAGAUUGUGUGUGCUCGUUGCAAUGGCCUUGGCAAGCUCAACCAAGUUGACAAAUAAACUACUCCCCCUAUGUUAAUUUCCUCUCAUUUCCUUGUCUUUUUUUAGUAUGUGGAUUAAAAAUCAUCUGCCUCUUUCUCUGAUUUUCCAAUCUUAAAUUUGAAUUUGAUGAUUUUACACAAUAAUAUUAUAUUGAAUUUUGCCUAAAUUCAAAGUGAUUUGAUGUAGCGUUCGAAAACUAUAUGUAUAAUCCUAGUAUCUUUUUUCCCCUGCAAAUUUGUUAUUGAACAGAUGCAGUGCAUGUGUAAUAUGUUCCCAAUCAUUGUUUAUACAACUGAUUUAUUAUCUA